GAGGAGGCGAGCGGGUGCUGCGGCGAGAGGAGCGAGGCGCCGAGAAUGGCUUCCUUUGGGUGGAAGAGGAAAAUCGGUGAGAAGGUCUCCAAGGCGACUUCGCAGCAGUUUGAAGCCGAAGCCGCUGAUGAGAAGGAUGUGGUUGAGAAUGAGGACGGGAAUUGGCUUCACGCCAAUAAACGCAGGAAGGAAAUUCUCCUUGAAGACUGUGCAGAGAAAAGCAGACAGCUAAAGGAUGAAGGAGCAAAUUUGGCUGAAAAUAAAAGGUAUCAGGAGGCAAUUCAGAAGUGGGAUGAAGCGCUACAGUUAACGCCAAAUGAUGCUACCCUCUAUGAGAUGAAAUCACAGGUCCUCAUGUCUCUUCAUGAAAUGUUCCCAGCAGUACAUGCAGCGGAGAUGGCUGUCCAGCGAAACCCACAUUCGUGGGAGUCUUGGCAAACUUUGGGACGAGCUCAGCUUGGAUUAGGAGAGAUAGUCCUGGCCAUCCGAAGUUUCCAAGUAGCGCUUCACAUCUAUCCAAUGAAUCCUGAAAUAUGGAAAGAAGACCUUUCUUGGGCAAGAACACUGCAGGAGCAGCAGAAGGUAGCACAGAAGAUGAAAAAAAGUGAAGCCCCACCUGAGGAAACGCAUGUUUCACCCAAGUCGAUUCCCGACUAUGACUUUGAAAGUGAGGAGAUUGUGGCCGUUUGUGCAGCUAUUGCUGAAAAACAGAAGACAGUUUCAGCUAAUAAAACAAUGGUUAUUGUGUCAGCUUCUGGGACGGUGGAGACUGUAACGGAGAAGGAAGAGGGUGCCGCCCCCCCCGACGGCUCUGUAUUUAUCAAAGCCCGAUGAAGCAGUAUGCAUAGUGGAGUUGAGUCUGUCUUUUUGAUUGGUACUUAAUGUUUAAACAUAGGUACAUUUACUGUGGAGAAACGGGGCAGAACUCCUGUUUGUAAAAUAUGGCUUUCUGAUGAGACAUAGAAAAUUAAACAGUAGGAUGGUUGUGUUUGAAAUAUGCUUUCAUAAGUCAUGACUUAUGCUUAAGAUUAGAAUUCUUAGUAAAAUUGUUUUGACUGAUGAACAGAUUCAUUUAUGAAUGAAUGCAUUUUAAAGAUACAGCUUGAAAAAUAUGUUCUUAAGUAGUUAACAACUUGAUGGCCAGUAGUUUUAAUGUUGAUAUGCUCACUUUGUUUUCCGAUAAAGUAUAUGAUUACUUUUCCUCCUUGAAAUCUGCUGCUUGCUCCCAGCCACUCUUUCAUU